ACUAUUCUUUAAGUGACAGCGUUGAAAGGAACAGUUCACCAUGAGGUUGUGUGUACUUAUCCUUUUUUAUUUCACGGCAAUUGCUUUAGUUGAAGCUACAGGCAACAACAAUUGGUGUAGACGUAAGCCUACAUAUGUUUGUAGACAGAAAAAUUGCGCACGGGUAAAAAAGAUAGAAGGAGUAAGAUUUUACUGCUUUGGAUGGAGAAGAAAUGAGGAAUGCUACAGGGAAUGCGACGUCACUUUCACUGGCAUUGACAAUGAAAAAUUGAUUUGUUACAUACAGGAUCCACUUUGUCCUGGAACUCCGCCUGCAACAGAGCCUCCCCCACCGCCUGCAACAGAGCCUCCCCCACCGCCUGCAACAGAUCCUCCAACCCUUGGAGCAACUUCACCUCCUUGUACAUCAUUCCCUCAAUACAAUCAAUAUCUUCAAGCUCUAGACGAUUUCGAAGAACUUCAAGAUAAAAUUGCAGAAGCUGGAGAAAUCACACCUGAAAUUCAAGAAAUUUUUGAUGAUAUAGCAGACCGUCUUGAAACCUUGACCGAAUAUCUUAGGGAUAACUGUGAUAACUUGGUUGAAAGUAUCAUAUUGGAUGAUCUUGCAUAUGUUAGAACUCGGCUUACUCAACUAGAAGUUGUGGUUGAUGCAUUUAUAAGUUCUUUGAAUCCAAACACUGAAUGCCCAUCUUCAUGCCCAGCAAACCGGCCAGAACGAGAUGAAGAUGAUUGCGGUUGUAUCUGCAGACUAAAUUGUAAUGUAGAUGGAGGAAAUGUAAUACGCAAUUUUGCUCAAUGCAGAUGCGAAACAUUUGAUGUAGGUGUGAAUAUUUAUGAAUGGGACGAUCAGAUCAAGACUCUCAUCGAUAUUAUUCACAAAUAUCAAGUUACCGAAGUGCAAGUAAUAAUCACUGAACUCUGGGAAACAUAUGAUAUAGUGGAGCAAAAACGAGGUGAAAUUGAGCAAGGAUUUGGAACUCUUACGGAGGCUCAAAUAACUACAAUAAUUACAACAGUCACAAACCUCAUAACAGAAAUAACAACAAAAGUUCAAACAUUUGUCAGAGAACAAGGAUCAACUGUAUGUUUUCUUACGUUCUGUGCCGAUGAAGUCAUCUUAGUUGAAUCAGAAUGCACAUGUAAGAACAACAGCCAAGUUGUUACGUUCUAUGGACAUUUUGAACUAUUCUAUGCUUUGGAAACCGAAAUUUAUAAAUACAGCGGAAUAGGCCCGGUAGAGGAACUUGAUGAUUUCAAAGAACGAACAGUAAUUAUCAGAGCUUUGUUUGUGGAAUUAUACGAUCUUCUCACGACAGAUUAUGAUGUAAAUGAGGUGCUUGAAGAUCUUGACGAAAUUUUAGCAAUAAUUUUGCAAUUACGUGAGGAUUUCGAUAAUUGGGUUCAAGCAAACUCACUCGUAUGCAUCAUCGAUUCUUGUGAAGCUAAUGAAGUUGCAAACAAAAGGUUUGGUAUAUGUGCAUGUCAAGUAGUUAACGGAUGGGAAAACCUUCCUGGUAUAAAAGACGAUCUGCUAAAUAAUGUCAUAACGCAAAUAAAUGCACUUGUUGUUGUUGGUGACUCGAAAGAUAUAUUGCUGAAUAACUUGAACUUGAUUGUAAAUGAUAUCAAUGAUUUGCUACAAUAUGUUGUAGACUUCAGUCAACGUUUGGAUAUGGACUACGUCAGAGCAAAAACUCUUGAACUUAAUACAUGGUAUAAUCAACUGUUGGAAGAUUAUCAAAGGGUUGUAGAUGGCAAUCAAAUCACCGAGUGUUUAAUACAAAGUUGUCUUCCACGAUGGGUUUUUAAUCCAGAGGAAUGUAAGUGCAGCUGUAGUGUAGGCUGUAAUGCCGAUCAAGCAAUUGAUUACUAUAAUUGUCAAUGUGCAGAAUUAAAUGGUUGUGCACUAGAAAGAGAAGAUUGUGAUGCAAAUACUGAAGCUCUUGACUAUGCUGCCUGUACAUGUCGACUCUUGCCUUAA